CAGCGCAUGCGCAGAUGUAAAGCCCAUGGUUGUAAUGAAUCAUCUCAAACUGUAGAGGAUCUUUGUCUGAGAGAGAAAUGGCGUCUGAUGAUGUUUUGAGCUCUUUGGGUCUGCAGGGCGCCUCGGCUGCGGCUCACGCUCUGUCUCUGCCUGCGGACGCUUACGGGAAUGAUCCUCAGCUGGAGGUCAUGUGGGCGAUGAAGGCCUACAACCACGCAGAGGUCUACUUCAACCUGAUCUCCUCCGUGGAUCCGAAGUUCCUGAAACUGACGAAGCUGGACGACGACAUCUACAAACUGUUCAGAGAGACGUUCAAAGACCUGGACAUCAGGAAGCUGCAGCCCGACGACCUGAAGUCUGACCAGAUGAAGGAGGUGUGGCGCCCGUUCUGUAACCAGUUCCAGGGACUCAUCGAGGACUUCAACUACGGCACCCUGCUGAGGCUGGACUGUGAGAAGGACUACACCGAGGAGAACACCAUCUUCGCCACCAGGACUCAGUUCUUCGCCGUGGAGGUCGCCCGCAACAAAGAGGGCUGCAACGACGCCGUGUUCACGUCCAAAUCCUCCAAGAGCUAGUCACCACCGGGCGGAUGAACCCAUUUCCUCAAAGACGUCCCCCCAGGAGGCGUCCUCUAAGUUAUACUUUUACCGGUCCUCAUUGAACCCGGUCUGUUAGCCAGCCUCCAGAUGUUUGGACACUUCUGUGUUUUGUAUUUACUGUAAAGUUUUAUUGUGCCAAACAUUGUUUUUAUUUUGCUCGCCUGUAACCAAGGGAACCACCAAUAAAGACAGAUGCGUUUUA